AUGUUGAUUAUGAACAGCAGCAGCAGCGGUAACAGAAACAAUAGCGGCAGAAACAACACCAGCAGAACCAAUAUUCACAGCAAAAGCGCAAACAAUAGCGCCAACAACAGCCGUAGGACAUCCCUAGUGCUCUCUGAGGCCCAGUAUGGCCGCGGUGCUGUAUUGCCGCUCAGCAUUCCCAAGUCUGUUGCCUCGACAAGAUACGACAUACCAUCGCCACGGCGAUUCAGCCCACUGCCGUCGACGCCGCUUUCAUCGUCUACGACUGCUCACGGUUGUGCUGGCGUCCAGGAGUCGUCACAGGUCGCCGCUCUCGAUCAGGACGGCACAGGAGUCACCGGCAACCCCGUACCCCUGCGGCCGACAACCACGGACGAUGGCAUAUCAGGCAAGCCGUUUGUGCGACCCAUCGUGGCAGAUCGGCCAUGCAGCCUUCCGUUAGGCUCUCUGCUUCGAGGAAACGGUAGCCCCACCGAGGAACCUCUGGCAUCAAGCACACCUACAAAUGACUCGCCCGGAGAGGCCGAGCGAGCCCGGACAGCCGAGAGAGAAAAGGAACUGGUGACAGCGUCCCGUAUGCUGGAAGACCUGAAGGCAUCGGCUGCCGUGCCUGUCGGAGUAUCUCGCCUGCACGUGGUGGACCUGCCGACGCUGCAGAUGCGGCCGAUCUACUGGUCACCCGUCCACGAUAUUGCCGUCGUGCAGCGGGCCACGUGGUUUUACAGAGACACAAUGCUGCCGCUGGAGCCGGCCGUGGCUAACCAGCUGGAAUCGCUGUACCGCGAGUUGCGCCCGUGGACCGACACCUGGGCCGAUGAGCUGCGGUGUGCACUCGAUGUCGGUGCUGUGGGCGAAGAGAAGGUGUCGCAGCCGGUGUGGCCGAAGCCGGUGGUGCGCGACUCCAAGACUAGAGGGCGUGUCGAGCCACAGGAGCCGCUGGUGUCAAACGACCGCUUCUGCGCGUCUCGAUGCCUCCAAGGGGCCGCAGCAGUCGAGGGAUCGCUAGAGCGACAGACCGUCCUCGAAGAAGAAGACGCGGUCCCGGAUGUAUCCGAGGGUACAGCCCAGAUGGAGGCUCGCGAUGCAGCUGCGGCUGCGGCGGCGAGGAGCUUCGCCAGCUACCACAUCGUCUUCAAGGAUGGAAGGACAGCGUUCCUGCUCAAGUCCAGCCUCAAGCCGUCGGCCUACUACGGCCGGCGACCGGUAGCCAAGAUAUGCAAGGGUGCCACCGUGGGCAUCCCCAUCGUGCGCGGGUUUGACCGCGAUGCGUGGAGCCGGGUGCACGAGAAGGCUUCAAAAGCAACAGCCACAGCAGCUGCGGCGGCGGCGAUGCGUGCGGCGAUGCGGGAGGUCGCCGGAGCCACAGACGUCGAGAGCGAGGCUGGACAGAACGGCCCCGAGGCCGGGCACGGGCUGAUUGACUGUCCGGGCUGCCGAGCCGAGAAGAUGAGCAGCCAGGUGACGGACCUCGUGCUGGUGGCCCACGGUGUGGGCCAGAAACUGGCAGAGCGCGUCGAGAGCUUCCACUUCACACACGCUAUCAACGGGCUGCGGCGUGCCGUCAACGCGGAGCUGCGCAAUCCGGCCAUUCAGGCGGUCCUCCGGCCAGACCACAACGGCAUCAUGCUGCUGCCAGUCAACUGGCGCCACACGGUCUCGUUUGAGGACGGCGGCCUAAGGCCAGGCCAGGAGGCCGAGUCUGGCGGCGCAGUCUUUGGACUCAAGGACAUCGAGCCCGACACAAUUCCGGCAGUGCGCAGCGUCAUCUCCGACGUCAUGUUCGACAUUCCCUUUUACAUGUCGCACCACAAGCCCACAAUGAUCCGCGCGCUGGUGCAGGAAGCCAACCGCGUCUACCGGCUGUGGUGUCGCAACAAUCCCGGCUUUGCCGAGCAUGGCCGCGUCCAUCUCAUCGGCCACUCGCUCGGCAGCGCCAUGGCCAUCGAGGUGCUCUCGCGGCAGCCCACGGUGCCGCCACCGCUGGACCCUGCUACCGUGCUGCCACAGACGACCUUCUUCGAGUUCGACACCAAGAACCUGUUCCUGCUCGGCAGCCCAGCUGCCUUCUUCCUGCUCCUCGAGCGCGGGUCGCUGGUGCCGCGGCGUGGCCGCCACAAGCCGGGCUUCGACGCCAGCAGCGGCUUGGCCGACGGCCUCGACAGCCUCGACGAUCUGGACGGUCGCGUCGUCGGUGAGGCCAGCUUUGGCUGCCUCGCCGUGGACAAUAUCUAUAACAUCCUUGCCAAAGAAGACCCCAUCGCCUACCUGCUCAACGGCACCAUCGACACGACCUACGCAGCCGGUCUCCGGCCAGCCUAUGUGCCGUCAGCCACGGCUGGGUUGCUCGCCUCUGUUGGCCACGCACUGCGUGGCGUUAUGCCUGGCAUGGCUACCACGCCCCAUCCGGCCGAGACGUCGCUGCUGUCCUUGGCGGCCGCUGCUACUACUGCUCCGACCAUGGUGCGGCUGCCGUCGCAGCUUGAGCUCGAGGUGCACGAUUUCACGAGGGAGGAGAUCGCCGAGCGCAAGGCGUAUCUGCUCAACGACAACGGCCAGAUCGACUAUUUUCUGCACUCGGGCGGCGGUCCACUAGAAAUGCAGUAUCUGAACAUGCUCAGCGCCCACACAAGCUACUGGACCAACCCAGACCUUGUCCGUAUGCUGUGCGUCGAGAUUGGCCGCCGUCCUGGCCGUCAGCACACGCUUCCGGCCAUGCGAGUUGUCAAAGCCACGAAGAGGAUCAUUCUGGCUGCGAGAAGCACGAUGAAUGUCUCUCAGCCGGUGGCCUCCACCGUGGAGAGUGUCGAGUUUGUCUUCCUCUCGGCCAGCGAAAUUCGUGCUGCUUCUGUACGGAGAAUCGAGAACGAGAGCACAUUUGACACUCUCCUCAAUCCGGUCCCGGGUGGUCUAUACGACCCCGCUCUAGGAGCAUGGGGUGACGCAAUAUGUACGACUUGCAACCUGGGCCAGUCUCUGUGUCCUGGGCAUGCUGGCCACAUCGACCUUCCGGUCCCUGUAUACCACCCGGUUUUUCUGGACCAGACUCUGCGCCUCCUCCGAGCCGAAUGCAUGUACUGCCACCACUUCCGGCUGCCACACAAGGAGCUCAACCAAUAUGUCUGCAAGCUCCGGCUGCUGCAAUACGGACUUCUGGCCGAGGCCACAAACAUUGAUGCUAUCGGAGAGGACUACGACAGCCUGGCACUUCCCGAUGUUCCGCAAAUCGAAAUCGAGGCCGACGACGACAGCAUGACCCUGUCUGACAGCGUAUCCCGGGCAAGAAGCACCUAUGUUCGGCAGGUCUUGCAGAACCACAAGAUCUCGGCCGGGGACAUCCGGAAAGGCAAGCACGAAGGCGCAUCGGAGAUGCGCCGUGAUCUGGUCGCGCAGUUCAUGAAGGACAUUGUGACCAGUCGGCAAUGCUCACGUUGCAAGGGCAUCUCUCCCAGCUAUCGGAGAGAUCGGUUUGUGAAGGUAUUCGAAAAGCCACUCAGCUCUAAGGAACAGGCAAAGAUGGCAGUCAGUGGUCACUUCAAGGUGCGCGACGCCCUGACCAUCCGGCGCAAGCCCGGCCACAAUGAGUCGGAUGCUGCGUCGGACGAGGGCAUUGCCGACAUCGAUCUCGACUCAGCCAGCAGUGACUCGGAGACGGUGGAGAAGGAUGUCGACGAACUCGACGAAAGUGGCAAGCUGGUACAAAGGGAGGCCGCGAACGGGUCUUUGGCGCCGGAUGCUGCCAAGCAGCGCUACAUCAGCGCGCAAGAAGUCCUCGAGAGACUUCGACUGCUCUUCCACAACGAGCAGGAGGUUCUGCAGCUGAUUUACAGCUCCCGGCCACAGGCAAAGGGCACACAGACAUCGCCAGACAUGUUCUUCAUCGAGGCUCUUCUUGUGCCGCCAAACAAGUACCGACCAGAGGCGCGGACUGGAGAUUCCGAGGUGACCGAAUCACAGCAAAACUCGCUUUACAAGGGUGUGCUGGGCGCGUCGUUCAAGGUCGCCGACAUUCACCGCGAGAUCCUGACGGCUGGGACGGACCGGCGGCGGCAGACUGGGCUGGCCGCCCGCGACAUCAUUGCGCUCCACGAGGCUUGGACAGAGCUCCAGAGCACGGUCAACUCUCUGAUCGACAGCAGCAAGAACCCGGUGCAGGGCCAGAAUGCGAAGCGCAUUGAGGAGGGCAUCAAGCAGAAGCUCGAAAAGAAGGAGGGUCUUUUCCGGAAGAACAUGAUGGGCAAGCGUGUCAACUUUGCGGCUCGCAGCGUCAUCUCGCCCGAUCCGAACAUCGAGACAAACGAGAUCGGCGUGCCGCCGGUGUUUGCGCGCAAGCUCACGUACCCAGAGCCGGUCACCAGCCACAACUUCAAGGUGCUGCAGCAGGCUGUGAUCAACGGGACGGACAAGUGGCCCGGCGCAUCGGCGAUCGAGAACGAGAACGGCCAGGUGGUGAAUCUGAGAAGCAAGUCGCUCGAGGAGCGCAUGGCGCUGGCAAACCAGCUGUUGGCGCCGACAAGCAACAGCAGCUCCAGCGGGAUGCGCGGCAAGAAGGUGUACAGGCACCUCAGCAACGGCGACGUGGUGCUGAUGAACCGGCAGCCAACGCUGCACAAGCCCUCGAUCAUGGGCCACCGCGUCAGGGUUCUUCCAGGCGAGAAGACGAUCCGGAUGCACUAUGCCAACUGCAACACGUACAACGCCGACUUUGACGGAGACGAGAUGAACAUGCACUUUCCGCAAAACGAGAUUGCGCGUGUGGAGGCGCUGCAGCUGGCCGACACCGACCACCAGUACCUUUCUGGCACCCAGGGCAAGCCGCUGCGCGGUCUCAUCCAGGACCAUCUGUCCAUCUCGGUGGCCCUGUGCAGCAAAGACACGUUCUUCCCGCGAGGCGCGUACCAGGAGCUCAUCUACAGCGCGCUGCGCCCAGGGAGCGGCCACAUCAUGGGCGAGCGGAUCGAGCUUGUGCCACCGGCCAUCCUGAAGCCAGUCCCGCGAUGGACGGGCAAGCAAGUGAUCACCACGAUCCUGAAGAACAUCAAGCCGGUCACGCACGGCGACCUGUGGAUGAGCGGAAAGUGCCAGGUUCCCGGCGGCCGUUGGGGAACGCACACGGAAGAGGGAACUGCCAUCUUCCAGGAUGGCGUGCUGGUUACCGGCAUCCUGGACAAGGCUCAUCUCGGGCCCAGCUCUGGCGGUUUCAUCCACGCCAUACACGAAGUGUAUGGCGCUGCAGUUGCGGGCAAGCUGCUCAGCAGCAUGGGCCGUCUCCUGACCAAGCUCCUGAACAUGCGUGCGUUCACGUGCGGCAUGGACGAUCUCCGGCUGACGACGGAAGGUGAGGCGAACCGCAGACGCGAGCUGAAGGCGGCAGAGGGCGCAGGGCUCGAGGUUGCGGCAGCUUACGUCAGCCUACAGGAGCAGAAGCCGACCAGCAAAGACCCCGAGCUGCUGCACCGGCUGGAGGAGGUGAUGCGAGACGACAGCAAGCAAGAGGGCCUCGACGUGCUGAUGAACAACAAGAGCUCCAGCGUGUCAAGCGGCGUCACCAAGGCAUGCUUGCCCGACGGGCUGGAAAAGGCGUUCCCGCACAACCACAUGCAGUCGAUGACGACGUCCGGCGCCAAGGGCGGCGGUGUGAAUGCGAACUUGAUUUCCUGCAAUCUGGGACAGCAGGUGCUGGAGGGCCGGCGUGUGCCGCUGAUGGUGAGCGGCAAGUCGCUGCCGUGCUUCCCGGAAUACGACUCGAGCCUGAGGGCGGGCGGCUACAUUGUGAACCGAUUCUUGACAGGCAUCCGGCCACAGGAGUACUACUUCCAUCACAUGGCCGGCCGCGAGGGUCUGAUCGACACGGCCGUCAAGACGUCGCGUUCGGGCUACCUCCAGCGAUGUCUCAUCAAGGGCAUGGAAGGGCUGAAGGUGGCAUACGACACGUCUGUGCGCGAUGCGGACGGCAGCGUGGUGCAGUUUCUGUACGGCGAGGACGGACUGGACGUGACGAAGCAGAAGUACCUGACUGACUUCAGCUUCCUGCUGCGCAACCUGGACUCGCAGAUGUCGUACAUGAAGUUCUCGGAUCCGCGGACGGCGGCACUGUUUGAGCACCGCGAAGAGUUUGCCAAGCAGACGAAGCGGAUGAUCAAGAAGGCCGGCAGCAGCCCGACAUUUGCGGAAGAGCCGGUCAACUCGCUCGUCAACCCGGCCCGACACGCGUAUGCCAUGUCGGAGAAGUUCUUUAGCGCCAUGUCGACGUACAUCCGCGAGAACAAGGACCGGCUGGUCAAGGACAAGAAGGAGCAGCAGACGGGAGGACCGGCGGCGAUGGGGCGCAAGUCUGUCGAGCGCGUGUUUGCGGCCAAGUAUCUCCGCUCACAGGUCGAGCCGGGCGAAUCGGUGGGCAUCGUGGCCGGACAGUCGGUGGGCGAGCCGUCGACGCAGAUGACGCUGAACACGUUCCAUCUGGCUGGCCACUCGGCCAAGAACGUCACGCUGGGUAUUCCGCGUCUGCGCGAAAUCCUGAUGACAGCUAGUGCCAAGAUCUCGACGCCGGCAAUGACGCUUGUGCUGAAGGAGGGUCUUGCACACGAGCAGGCUGAGCAGUUUGCCAAGUCGAUCAGCCUGUUGCCGCUCUCCCACGUGCUGGACGAGAUCACGGUGCGCGAGCGCGUUGGCAAGGGCGUUGGGUAUGCCGUGGCCAAGAUGUUCGACGUCCGGCUGCGUCUCUUUCCGUCGGCCGAGUACACGACGACGUAUGCGGUCGAGGUGGCGCAAGUGCUGGACGCGGUGGAGAAGCGGUUGAUGCCGACGCUGCGCAAGCUGAUGGCCAAGGCUUUGAAGCAGCAUGAGAAGAGCUCGAACAGCGGAGCGCUGCCCGAGAUCGGAGUGAGGGCUGGUGUGGUGGCGGUGGCGGCGGCAGCUCCGAGUGCCGAUGAGGGCGAUGUGGCAGGCGAAGACGACGACAGCGACGGCGACGAGGGCGACAACGAUGCCACCAGCGCCAAGCAGCGGGCCAACAGGGACGAGGCGGUCUCGUACGGGCCCAACGACGACGACGACGAUGCGAUCCAGGCACAGAUGGACCGGACAGACGACGAGCUGUCGGAUGACGAGGGCAAUGUUAGUAGCUCGAAGCUAGCAGCAGGCAGCAGGAAGAACGGGGACGAGAAAGAGGACAAGGACGAGAACGACGAGGACGAAAACGAGGACGAGGACGAUGACGAUGACCGGAUGACAGGAGUGCAGCUCGCAGAACACCUGGCUAAAUCCAAGGAACGCGAGGCACGGGUGAAGGGAGCUAACCAGAACAUCACGCGCUUCCGGGCAGACGAGAAGCUGGGCGAAUGGUGCGAGUUCACGCUGGAGCUGGCAGCAGACGCCCCCAAGAUGCUGAUGCUGAGCGUGGUGGAGGAUGCCGUGAGACGAUCGGUGGUGCGGCAGAUCAGUGGUGUGGGUGCAUGCACGUUUGUCGAGAACGAAGAGAUGGUCGAUCCGCUCAGCGGCGAGAUGGUUAAGAAGCCGGUGGUACAUACAGUCGGCACCAACGUGCGGGCGAUGCAGUCGUUCAGCGACGUCAUCGACACUGACCAGAUCUCGACAAACGACAUCGUGUCGGUGCUGGAGAUCUACGGCGUGGAGGCCUGCCGGAAUACCAUCAUCCGGGAACUCAACGCCGUGUUCGGGUCACAUGGCAUCAGCGUGGACCAUCGCCAUCUCAACCUGAUCGGUGACUACAUGACGCGUGGCGGCGGCUUCAUGCCUUUCAACCGCUACGGCCUGAAGGGCAACGUCAGCCCGUUCACCAAAAUGAGUUUCGAGACCACGCUCGCCUUCUUGAAGGACGCGUUGAUUGAUGCCGACUGGGACGGCCUGACGACGCCGAGCAGUCGCAUUGUCAUGGGACGUCUGAGCAAGACCGGCACAGGCUCGUUCGAUGUGCUGACAAGAGUCCCGAUGGAGCACUACGACCCGAUGCAGGGAGUUGAAGCAGCAUAA